GUCUGAGCUCCCGAGUCGUCACCUACAAGUUUGGCAGGGAAACACUGCUACAGCACGCGUGCUCCUCCUUAAACACAAGGGAACCCUAACUGCCAUCGAUCCGCGGGAUCUCCCGCAAUCGGAGUCAUGUCUGUUGCCGCUGCUGGUCCUCUCGACGAAGCAAAGGCCAAGAGCGUUCUCCACCAGGUUCCUGAUACCUCUUUUGAUGCAUUUCGAUGCGGAUUUUCCCCUUUUAUCUGGUAGUGCUUUCAGCAAAUUUUGCUUGGUUGCCUCAGGUGGAGUUCUACUUCGGCGAUAGCAACCUCCCCCGCGACAAGUUCCUGCGGGAGGCGGUGGAGCAGAGCGACGAUGGCUUGGUGAGCUUGGCUUUGGUAUGUUCCUUCUCACGGAUGAAGUCACACUUGGGUCUCGAUACUGCUCUGAAGCCAGAAACUGUGCCUGUAGAUACUGUGCUCGCAGUUGCUGCGGUGCUCCGGUGUUCAUCGUUGCUCCGUGUCUCAGAAGAUGGGCUGGAAAGAUCAAUGGGAAGCGAGGUCGACACUUCAAUUCCACCAAUAAUGUUCCGAAUAAAGCCCAGAAGGUCGAGGCUACUGCAUGAGGUCAAGUGCUACGUUUAGCGCAACUAAUCUCCCUGGUCUCUAUCAGAGUUGUUUUCCCUGUAGUUUCUGUCUUAUUCUAUUUCUGUUAGUUUUUUUUUUUGCAAUGAUUUCUGUUAGGUUAUUCUGGGACCUAGUUCUAUCUGACAUAUACUUGCGUAGGCCAUGAGCUUCGGGUAAUCAGGUUUUGAAAGGAUUUGGAAUUUGGAUGCUGUACAGCUGCAAUCUCGUUUCCUGCUCUGUUGCAGGUGUUCUGAUUCUGUGCGGUACCACACAUCAGGUUUCAGCUAAACUACUCUGGGAGCUUUACACUUACAGCCUGUUUGGCACCCAUAGUUCGGGCCUAAAAUUCUGAAAUUCGUUUUGAAUUCAAAAAUUAACUUGUUUGGUUGGCACGGAUUGAACACAUGAAUUCAAUCUCAAAUUUCAUGAAUUUGCACUAUGACUAACCACAAUUCCUCCAAAAAGCCAUAAUUUCUCAGGAAUUAUCUUUCACUCUACAAAUCCAUGUGAUAGAUAAACAUGAUUUUUGAACACGGAAUUCAAUUCAACCAAAUGAAAUUCUAUUAAAAAUUAGAUUUCAUUUCAUUUGUACCAAAUGAAAUAAAAGGAUGGAUGCCAAACGAGCUGUUAGAACAUUCAGCACAUAAUAAUAUUUCCACUUCGCCUCUAGUCGGAAUGGAAUGAGCGCAAGAGCCGAGGAGGGAGUAUAUUUUUAUAGUACUGGACUUUCGAAACGUUGGUGUGAUAAUAUGCAAACUAGAGCAUACUGGACACACAAUACUGACUUCUCAAGGUAUGAUGCCCUGGAAAUUGUUAUUGCUGAGGUCGAACUGCGAUGGAUGCUGAAUGUUUCCCAAGUUGGAUGGUGCAAUAAUCUCCAUCGUCGGUGGAUGGUUUCAUGCGUAGGGACGUAGGGUUUAGUCAUUCGGAAUUUAUAGCUAGCAAACGUUCUGGCUGUAAACAAAACUGUCAUUGACUGCGGGCCGUCGGGAUUGCUUGGCCCAUCUGUAAGAAAAUGGCUUUCUUAUUUAUUUAUUUAUUUUUUAGGGGAAAAUGGCUUUCUUUCUUAGAAUUUGAUAGGUUAGCCUGGCUUAAUCUUAAAUUCAGCCCACAUUUUUUUGGAGCGAAAUUCAGCCCACAUAUACGCGACCCUGAGCGGGCCGAGCGCCGUCCUAGCCCAAGAUACUCUCAAGCAGACAUACUUGUCCAGCCAAAAUUAUCAGCCGCAGCGACGCCGAUGUCUUCUCCUUCGUACCCGGCGACGGCCGCGGCGGUGAAGCUCCCGUGCUACUCGCCUCGUUCCCGUCUCCACCAUUCGCGGACGCCGAAGCCCGUGGUCUCCUUCCCUUCCUCCACCCCCAGCCCUCAUGCGGCACUGGCGGUCAACGCUCGUGGGGCGCGGCGUCUCGUCGCUGCAUCCGCUGCCGCUGCAGGGCACAGGCGGCUUAUGGGGUCGCUGACGAACACCGAGGGGCUGAAGUUUGGUGUGGUUGUAGCGCGAUUCAACGAAAUUGUGACGAACUUGCUACUGCAGGGUGCCCUGGAAACUUUCCAGCGAUACUCCGUGAAAGAAGAGAAUAUAACAGUUGUUAGUGUCCCUGGCAGCUUUGAAAUUCCCGUGGCAGCACAAAAGCUUGGAAAAACUGGAGAUUUCGAUGCAAUUUUGUGUAUUGGGGCCGUGAUUAGAGGAGACACAACUCACUAUGAUGCUGUUGCAAACUCGGCUGCAUCUGGAGUACUUUCUGCUGGUUUAUCUGCUGGAGUUCCAUGCGUAUUUGGAGUCCUGACCUGUGACGAUAUGGACCAGGCUCUGAAUCGUGCUGGUGGCAAGGCUGGAAACAAGGGUGCUGAAACUGCUUUAACCGCUAUUGAGAUGGCGUCGCUGUUUAGGCAUCAUUUAAGUUGACAGUGGGUGGGUGAAGCAAAACAGCUUUCUUCCAUGUUCAUCAAUACUUGAGCUCUGCCUCGUUAAGCUACUUGUUUGGUUCCUUGCGAUCAUUAGCAAGAAAAAUACGUAGCACGUGCACACUAAUAAAGUCCAAUCUGUGACACUUCUGGUUAAGUCGUUCGACUGUUAGAAACUCCAGCCAUGAAUAAAUGCUUCAUUUUAUUUACGUGUUGUCUGGAUGAGCAAAAACAUGUGUCAUUGUGUUGUGCUGUGCACUUAAAUGAAAACUUGAAGGAGCAUUUGCAGUUGA